UAUCCAACUAGCGAGGUUAAAAAAACUGGUUUAGUGUUAUUUAGUUCCUGGGGGGUAGAAAUUAUAGCAGAGAUUAACGACGUCAUAGCACAUGGAUGCCAUCCAUGUGCUAUGACCGUCG